UCCAGGUGUGUCCGCUGCGUUGACGUAAUCGUGAGCAUUGCGCAGCUUCCGGCCAUCAGGUGAGGCGGAAGAGAAAAGAGGAGGCAUCCCGUCAGCUCACCUGUCGGCAGGUAAACAACCACAGAGGAAGAAAGAAAAUGAAUCCCAUCCCUUCCAACCUGAGGUCAGAGGCCAAGAAAGCUGCCAAGAUCCUGAGAGAUUUCACUCAGAUCUCCAACAGGACUGGACCGGACAAACUCAUCCCCGCUCAUAUCAUAGCCAAGGCUGAAGGAUUGGCCAUCAUCUCGGUCAUCAAGGCGGGCUUCAUGGUCACCGCCAGAGGAGGCAGCGGCGUCGUCAUCGCCAGACUCGCCGACAGACGCUGGUCGGCGCCAUCCGCCAUCGGCAUAGCGGGCCUCGGUGGAGGCUUUGAGCUCGGUGUGGAGGUGUCAGACCUGGUGAUCAUCCUGAACCAACGGAGAGCGAUUGAAGCAUUCACAAAGGGCGGCAACCUGACGCUGGGUGGGAACUGCACCGUCGCCGUGGGACCCAUGGGCAGGAACCUGGAGGCGGACAUCGCCUUGCGCAGCACUGCGGCCGUCUUCACCUACUGCAGAUCCAGAGGGCUGUUUGCAGGGAUUUCUCUGGAGGGAUCUUACCUGAUGGAACGCAAAGACACCAACCGCAAGUUCUACUGUCAAGACAUCCGAGCUUCGUGUAUCCUAAAUGGAGACGUUGAGCCUCCGACAGAGUUCUUCGACCUUUACCACAUCCUGGACGUGUACACAGAGGCCUACACCGCCGACUGGACCAGCAAGAACCUACGGGGCACGUCGGUUCCUCCAUCCAGACCUCCAGCUCCGUCCCAGAAGAAAACGCAGAGCAGCUACCGGCAGCCGGCCAACAGCGAGAGGAAGGACAAACUGUAUCCCAACGUCUCCGUCUACAAGUCGGACACGUCCACUCAGUUCGCGUCCCGCGACCCUCCGCGCUACGAUCAGUUUGACCCCGAACCGCCGGGUUAUGAUGAAGGCUCGUCAGCAUCAGGGGGCGGAGCUACUGGCUCUCUGGUCGUCAUGGCGACCCACCCGUUUACAGGGCAGCAGCCCGGCGACCUGAGCUUCGUCCCCGGCGACCGGAUCACCGUCAUCACCAAGACGGAUUCCCAGUACGACUGGUGGGAAGGACAGCUGGACGAUGGCCGCGUCGGGAUUUUUCCUGCCAAUUUCGUGUCGUACUGAUGUCGCCCCCUGGUGGUAGGAUUCAUGAAAUGACGGGACAAAAGCUGCAGGCUCUGAUUAACUUUUAGGAUGAAGGAUUUUUUAAUCAAUAGCCACAUGAAUGAAGCUUUUAUCUUCACUUGAAUAAAAGGGAUUCAGUAUUUUAGGGAUUUGACACAUAAAAUACAAAAGUUAAUAUAAUUAGUGGAGCUGUGGGGAUUUUCUUUAAUGUUUCACCUGGAAUGGUUUCAAUUUAACACAAGCUGCUGGUUUUACUUUUAAUAUUAAAAUCUAAGAGAAGUUCAUAGUUUUCUUUGUUAGGUGACUUUCAUUAAUUUCAUGAUUAUUUUUUUAUAACAAGGGCAAGUAUUUCCUGUUUUCCCCUUCAAAAUAAGGGUUUGGUUUAGAGUUCUGUCUGUUACAGCAGUUAUGAGGACUGCUACAAUGUUUUUAUAUAAACUCAAACCAUUAUGAUGGUGUCGGUUUCAUUGAGAGUUUUGAAUAAAUAUUUUUUAAACAGAUUAA